GCUGAAAAAAAAAAUAUGAUAAAAUGCAAAAACUAAAUUUGGAAACAAUAUCUCUAAGACCCCAACUGCUAUGGCCAAAGCCAAAAAAAACCAGUGGGUGAAGAGCAUAAAGUUGGCAGGUAAUUAAGAGCUAGCAUAUCCUUGCGCGCAGUGGGGGAGAUAUAGCACAAUUAGCUUAGAAAUCAUUGAUGACACUUGCAAAAAUGCUCCUUCGCCCCUGAAAAAAGCUGAGCCCACAUCAGUCUAGUUCUGCUCCUUCUCUGAACUGAAGCCAUACGCGAAGGCAAGACUAGAGGGCGAUUUUGGGCACGAAUAGAGAGAUGGCAAGCUCCACUGCGAUUGCGACUGCGCGCGCCCAUGAUGCUGCUGUUUAUGGCGCGGCAGGGACCCACUCCAAUCUGAGGAGUUUUCUUGACAGUGUUACGCCGGUUGUAAAGGCGCACACGGUCCCUAUGGCAUCCUACCUUCCAUUGUCAAACGGAUAUUAUGAAAAGAUUGCAGAUGGGGUUAGAUGUUUCUACCUUGGAGAUCUUUGGAAUUCAUUCUAUGAGUGGAGCGCCUGUGGCGUUGGUACUUCAGUGUGCAUCGCUCCGGGUGAGACAGUGGUUCAAUACUUCGUGCCAUAUCUUUCAGCAAUUCAGUUGUACACCAACACGAGAAAUGCUCCUGUUUCACAAAGCAUGAUUUAUGAUGGAAGAUUCGAUCGGAAUAACCAUUAUAGUGUCGGGAUGUACACUCAUGGAUAUCAAGCACCAUUACGCAUGCCCACUAUUGGAGUUGAAGGGAAGGGGGAGUUGUUCUUCAAGUAUUUUGAGCCUGACUCCCCUUACGAGAGGAUACCUUUCGCAGACAAGGUAUAUGAGCUUUGCUAUAGUUGUCCUUCCCUAUCAUCUUUAAGCAGUGCAGAGCUCUCACCAUCAAGUUGGAUGUCCGUUUUUUGGUAUCCAACAAGUCAUGUCCCUAUGAAGAAUAGAAAAGAUCUGAAUACUUGCUUUUUGACCUACCAUAGCCUUUCAACAUGCAAAGAUAUUGUUGCUUUAGAUAGCAUGCAAGCCUUCAAUCAUAUGUCACUUGCGCCGUUCGGCCUUGCAACAUACAAGUUAGAUGCCAAAGUGUGGGCAAGUCCAAACUCCGGUGACCAAGAGCAUAUUUCCUCUCUCUUCGAUGCAUCACAAUCAUGGCUAAAGGAGCAUAACAUCCACCACUACGACUUCAACUACUUUGCCCAUAGAUGCUCCUCCAAAUGAAUAACAUGAACAUGACCGAUCAACAAGUUCAUAGUCUUUGGGGACUCAAGUGUGUUGUGUGUUGUUUUUAACACAUCUCUGCAUGUCGUGAAGGGUUGUAGUAGUUUUUCCAUUGUCUUUUUAUUAAUGCUUACUUUCUAUGGUUGUAUUAUGUGAACCCUUGGAGCGUAAUCAUUGCGAUAUCAUACUUGAUACAUUAUGUAACUCUUCGAAAUUCUAGAUGAUUUUACUGUUG